AUGUCGGCCAGGCAGCCUCGCUUCAACCAACAGGUCCUCAUCGACACCACUCCCCUCCCGGACAGCAUCCCCAAAGUCCCAGAGGUAGGCGCCUCUUCUGCCCCUCUACUCUCGGCCUCCUUCUUCAUCGGCGCGCGAUGCAAAGCCUACAAUGAUGAUUACAUGCACUGCAAGGAUCUGGCGAAUGGCAAGGGCGAGACAGAGUGUUUGAAGGAGGGUAGGAAAGUCACGCGAUGCGCUGCCAGUGUGAUCGACGAUAUCAACAAGAGCUGUUUGGAGGAGUUCAGGAAGCAUUGGCAGUGCUUAGACAACAACAACCAGCAGCUGUGGCAAUGCCGGAAGUUGGAGAGGGGGCUGAACAAGUGUGUUUUUGACAACUUAAAAUUGGAGAAGACGAUCCCAGGUACUCCAGAAAAUGAGACCCCAGUUCAUCUGCGGAAGAGGCAGAUCUACGCACAUUCCAUUUUCGGGCAGUAA